AUGGCUUCCGCACACAUCCUCAGCAACCUCCUCCUUCUUGACUCCGUCAAGCUUGGCCGUCUAGUCCUCAACGCGAAAUGUCCCCACCAAGACUUCGUUGACCCUCUCGAGAACCACCCGGCGGAUACCGAUUUUUUCCAAACCGUCCAACACGACUUUUCCGAGACCCGGAAAUUCACUAAAACAUCGAGGCUGCGCUCCUAUCUCAGCUCCACAUUUUCCGCCUCCUAUCAAGUACACGGAUAUAGCAGCGCAACACUGAGCGCCCCGCUGGUCACCACUUACGAGCUCAAGAACUCCGGGGCUUGGUUUACGGCUGCAUGCACUCAAGCUAGCUCCCAACAGUUUCUCGAACAGGCGUUCGACAACAGGGUAAAUGGCUAUCUCACAGUCGGGUUCCGGGCCGUCCACGAUGCGUCGAUGUUGAAAUCUGCGGCGAGGAAGCGCACCGGGGGUGCAAAGGGCAGGUUACCGGUACCCGCUGGAACGGCGAGUGUGGUGGCUCCGGGAGUUGAGAGUUGCCGGGGUAUCCAGAACGGACAAGAGCUCAACUAUAAAGCGAUGGGCGAUCAGGUAUUUGCGAUACUAUACCGGAAGGUUAAGCUGAGAUUCCUUUCUCGCUGGAAGGCGGGAAAUAUGGCUCUGGAGGUGCACAAUCGGUGGAAGUCGUGUUGGGAUUGGAGGGAAUUUGAUAGUAAAAGCCAAAAUGAUGAAGAUGAGGACGAUAUCGCGGAGGCCGCCCUCACGGACAGUGGCCUCGAUAUUUCGGACGACGAGCACCCUAGCGAGGACGAGAUUGAUCCUCUGCUGGAGGAGCUUCCGGAUUCUGCUGGCUGGGAGGAUGUCCGUGAGGAACCUCAUCAGACUUUGCCCGAAGAGAAAAGAGGGAGUCACCCCUCGAGGAGGCCAGUAGUCCGGAGGUGCCACUUGGAGAGGAAUAGCACAACGGAGACUCAUACGAAGGUUGUUCCAUCCAAGGAGGGCACAUUGGUACGUCGACGGGUAUUGAGAAGGGGGCCUUGA